AUGAAUAUCUUAGAGUAUUACAUCCUAUUUCAUCUCUGGUUAUUAUUGUAUGUAUUUAUAAAACAAGAUAGAACUUUAGCUGUACCACAAGUAGAUAUUGAUGCAAAUGAAUUUUUAUCAGUAUCUUCUACACCGUGGAUACAAUUAAAAAUAAAUCUUGGUAAAGAUCAAUUAAAUGCUUAUCAUUCAAGAAAUACAAGAGCAAAUAUUAUGAAAACAGCUUUAAUCAUUAUGAGCGUUAGUCUUAUUUUACUUUGUGUUGGUGGUACUAUCAGUAUUAUUAUUUAUUAUGUUAAGAAAAAAUAA